CCCUUUUGUGUUCCAGCUCUUUCAAGUAUUGCCAAGCUGAGGGAAGAAGCAGUGUAAUCAUCGGGCCUCUUGAACUCCUUCAAAGACCUGGAACCCUUCCUUGUGCUACUGCAUUUUGAGUCUGUGCCUGGAUGGAGCCACUUCGCAAAGCCUGGUGACUCACUGCGUUGCACAUAAAAAGGUGUAUAAUGGAGGGGACACACAGCACCUCCUAACGCCCAUGUUGAGUUACAAGUAGAGAACCAAGCUAUUAAAACGCUGCAGAAAAGGCCAAGAACCUGAACAGGCAGUGGAAGAGCGCAAGCGAUGGCAGAGCACGGGCUGGGUAUCUGCUUCCUCCUGUUAACUGUGGGGCUCUGCUGGGCCCAGUACAACCCCAACGCUCGGGCCGGGCGGACGUCUAUCGUGCAUCUCUUUGAGUGGCGCUGGGCCGACGUCGCUCUUGAGUGCGAGCGCUAUUUAGCUCCUAACGGGUUUGGAGGAGUUCAGGUACGUCUGCUCCGAUCAGUGGGGCGUAAAAUUGUUACAUCGACGGUAAUUUGUUUUUUCAGAGAAAAUGUUCAAUUCGCCAAAGGACAGGUACUGAGAAAGAAAAAUAGAAAUUGGUAAUGGAAGUGGUAAAUGCUGACAAAUUUAUUCUUCAGCCAUCAUCGUAUUUCACCUCCAAAUGAAAAUGUUGUCAUUACGGACCCCUGGCAGCCGUGGUGGGAGAGAUACCAGCCCGUCAGCUACAGGCUCUGCACGCGAUCUGGAAAUGAAACGGAAUUUAGAGACAUGGUGACCAGGUGCAACAACGUUGGAGUACGUAUUUAUGUGGAUGCAGUGAUCAACCAUAUGUGCGGAGCCAGCGCUGGCACUGGUGACCACGCUACUUGUGGAAGCUAUUUCAAUGCAAAGACUAAAGAUUUUCCAGCUGUGCCGUAUUCCGGCUGGGACUUUAACGAUGGUAAAUGUAAAUCUAGAAGUGGUGACAUUGAGAAUUAUCACGAUAUAUAUCAGGUCCGAGACUGCCGCUUGGUUAGCCUCCUUGAUCUGGCCCUGGAGAAGGACUACGUGCGCUCAAAAGUUGCCGAGUACAUGAACCACCUCAUUGAUAUCGGUGUAGCAGGCUUCCGGAUUGACGCUGCCAAGCAUAUGUGGCCUGGGGAUGUGAAGGCGAUUUUAGACCAGCUGAAGGACCUGAAUACGAAAUGGUUUUCUGCAGGAACAAAACCUUUCAUUUACCAAGAGGUAAUCGACCUGGGGGGGGAGCCGAUCAAAAGCAGCGACUACUUUGGGAACGGCCGAGUGACGGAGUUUAAAUACGGUGCAAAACUGGGGACAGUGAUCCGCAAGUGGAACGGAGAAAAGAUGGCCUACUUGAAGAACUGGGGAGAAGGCUGGGGCUUUGUGCCUUCCGACAGAGCCCUGGUCUUUGUGGAUAAUCACGACAACCAGCGGGGGCACGGGGCCGGUGGAGCUUCCAUUCUGACCUUCUGGGACCCCAGGCUUUAUAAAAUGGCGGUUGGUUUCAUGCUUGCUCAUCCGUACGGCUUCACGCGUGUGAUGUCAAGUUUUCGCUGGCCAAGAUAUUUUGUAAAUGGACGGGACGUCAACGACUGGAUUGGACCACCAAGUCACUCGGAUGGAUCAGUAAAGCCUGUUACAAUCAACGCCGACACUACCUGUGGCAACGACUGGGUUUGUGAGCAUCGCUGGCGUCAAAUAAAGAACAUGGUUAUCUUCCGUAACGUGGUGGACGGUCAGCCUUUCUCCAACUGGUGGGACAACGGGAGCAAUCAAGUAGCUUUUGGCCGUGGUGAUAAAGGCUUCAUCGUUUUUAAUAAUGAUGACUGGUCUCUGAAUGUAACUCUGCAGACGGGUCUGCCUGCUGGCACUUACUGCGAUGUCAUUUCUGGGCAAAUGGAAGGCGACGCCUGCACCGCAGUUGAGGUUCGUGUUGCUGAUGAUGGCAUGGCUAAUUUCCUGAUUAGUAACAAGGAUGAAGACCCGUUCGUUGCCAUUCAUGUUGACGCUAAAUUGUAACCAGACCACUUGUGCACAGGGUGUUCCUUCUCUUGUGUAUUUUUGCUGAUAGCGUGCAAGGUGGCCUGAUUGUCUUGGCUCUCCAGCACCGAGUGAGCCGUGAUAGAGCAAAGCGCGUUGGCUUGUAGUAAUGAAACACCAAGUAGCCGCUAUACAGGGGCAGGAGCUAGGGGUGCUGGCGCAGACCUGGACAAGGCGGGGUACGCCUGCUUGUCUUCGUAAUUGCACUUUAUUCAGUUAAAUUACUAAUAAAAAAUGAAAGGAGAAAACUGAAGUGGCUUAAUUUUAAAUUGUGCUGCUGUAAGUGGAAAUGGAGUUCUCUUUAUGGGGAAGCCAGACAGGGAAUUAACAGCAUGUCCGAAAAUGAAGAGAAGUCACCUUUGAGAUGGAGCAUGGCACAGCUCGAGUUGAUGCCGAGUUACAGCUCAGCUGAAGCUGUGUUUCUUGUGUUGGUCUGUGCAUUUACUGUUCCCCUCCAUGUGCGAUUCCCCAGUAUUCGAGCAUGAGUGAUUCUCUGUAUUUAGUGAAUAAUAAAUGGCAAUCAAAUUAAGGAGUAAUGCCUUUUCCCUCAAUGAAUCGGAUUGUAACUUCAUCACGGCAUCACUAGAGGCAAUGUCGUGGCGGGUUUUAAGGGCCCAGAAACAUGGGAGAAAACAAAACAAAUAAAAAAAACCCAAACCAACACCUGGGUAAGUUAAAAUGCAGCAUUUCCAAGGCCAGCUCACACACGCAUCCCCCCCGUACCCCAGAGUGGCUGCGCUGCGGGCAGUUGGCUCUGAGCGGUGCCUACGCACGCAGGCGGUUUAUCCCUGGGGGGUCUGGGCCGCCAGAGGAAGC